UGGGGGGACUAGGACUACUGACGUAAGCAGUGUCCCGAUACAAGCAAGUCAAAGAGCAUUUAUUCAUCAAGGGAUUCCUAUCAGUGCUACAAGUGUCUCUGCAUCCAUGACUCCAUCGGCAGGCCAAGGGUUUAUCUCAUUGGCUGCUAAAGGUAGUGGCGUGAUCAAACCUACUACUGUCAGCCAAUCAUAUUUGACCAUGUCAGGGGUUGGUUCACCGUCCAUUAUUAAGACAGGAGCUGGAUCAGUACAGUACAUCAUUAAACCUCAAAGCCAGCGGCAUAUGCCAGUUCCAAUAGGAAUGUCAACGGCAGGUGCUAUAAACCAACCGACGUCUUCAGUGACUCAACCUGCCAGUAGUGUUAGCAACUCAGGAAUAAGACACACUUUGCUCACCCAGUCCCCAACCUCUCCAUUCACUCCUAUCUUAAACUUAAAAGGACAAAAUAACGCCCAGGGGAUCCCCCAAAGGGCUACUCUUCCCAGUACUACCGCCACUAAGCCUGUGGUUUCUUCACCAUCAAUGGCUUUCACCGCAGCAACUACUGGAGCUCGUGUCCUCAAUACUGGAGCAACAAGUCAGCWGUCGGAAGCAGCAAAAAGAGCAAACCAAGGCAAGCAAUUUGUUGGGCAGGUGCUCACCUCCCUUYCCCAACACAUGGUCUCUUCGUCAGGUAUGAAUGCCUUGGCUCAACUGUCCUCGGCAUCAGCGGCCAACACAUCAUCCUCAAGUAUAUCCCACAUUAAUGCUAAUCAACUCCCUUCAACCGCUCACAGUAAUUUAGUUAAGUCAACAAACGUUUCACAAGUGAGAGGUUCAACUGUCAACACAUCCCAGCAAUCGGUUGUUCAGAUGUCUUCAAUGGGUCAAGUGUCAAAACCAGUCCAGAUGACUGGUUCACGAGUACUUGGGAACUCGUCCCAGAUUCGAUACAUAGUCGGUUCGCCAUCAACUUCACAAGCUGCCUCKUCUUUACAGGGAACAGUUCAAGGUUCCUCACAGGGCAGUUUCGUCAGGACAGUAGCUGGGAAUUUGCAGGGAAGACCGGUUUCACAGGUAGCAACGGUUGCUAAAGCAUCCCCUCAGAUACUGACAUCGCAACAGAUGUCCACCAUCAGGACAAUAUCAGCGAGUACCCCAGGCACCGCAGCGCAGCAGAGGGCUAGUCCAUCAACAUCUUUACCCGGAAAGGGAGCAUUGACCAGGACAUACGUUCUGACAACUGCUUCAGCGACUGCACUAAGAUCCUCUUCUCCGCAAACAAGUACUUCAUCAUCCAUACCCCAAGUUUAUAAACCUGGAAUCACUUCAGUUACCCACGUAUUGCCGUCUUCAUCUAGAUCCGCCACAGGGAGCCCAAAGCCUCAAGGUAACGUCACGCAAUCUCUAACCCCAACGUCUGUGAUGCUGAAAGGAGGUACAGUAGUGAGUAUGCAGUCUCUGUUAGCGAGGUUACCUCAAGGGACCAAGSUUAUAACGACUAAUUCAAGUGAUGGGAGUGGGAAUGUCUACGUUGUUGGGAAUGUUUUGACACAAGUUCAGAACCCUGCAAACCGACCGAAAACUGAAGUGGUCGRACCAAAGCCAACUGGUUCGACCGCCGGAAUCACGUCCGCUGCUAAUGUCACUGCUAAGACUUCGGCGCCUUUGAAAGGAACUGUUAUAUCGGUGUCCAUCCCAACGUCAACAGUGCAAGGGGUUACUCAGGCGCAUCACGUGACAAGUCAAGCAUCGAGGCAACCUAGCAAGCCGAUGACGCCACAGGUUGUUAAGCAAACAAAAGAGGAAAUGAAACAGAUAGGUGUGGCAGUGUCGACGUCGGUAGGAAUAGAGGGAAAGACUCAAAAUCCCAAAGAUGGAGAGACAGGUAGUCAGAGGUAGUUAAUUGUAGUUGUAAUUGGGUAUCUCCUUAUCUUACCUUGUCUUUUUACAUUGGGCCUUUAUACCUGACGGAGAGGGCUUGGAGGAAAGAGUGAUUGAAAAAUUGUCUUAUCAAACAUACAUACAGAUAUAUAUAGAGGUAUAUAUUGGUUUUUGCUCCAUCACUUGGCGGCAGCAUGUUGGAUGGUAGGUGAACCCGUUGUAAGCAAUCAAUAAGUAAUUAUUACCAAAAGUAUAGUGUAUAUUAUAACUAUARACACCAGUAGUCACGUAAAAAUAUUUUCGAGUGAUUUGAAUGGUGAGAGAAAACGAAUGUUGUAUGACAUACAAGAAAUACGAAUCGUAAAGAGCUUAAGAUUAACUGUAUAURAUAAAACAUAUUAUUACCAA